GGCAACACACAAAUGUCUAUGAAUUUGACCCCGAAGCUCGUGUCCCGAGCAGAAGGAGAGUGUGGUGUAGGGCCUAGCCCUUCGUUUUUAAUUUUCAUCUCGUUGAAAAUUGUGUAAAAUGGGCACAUAAUAGAUAUCGGCAGAAAAGGAAAAUUGUGCUCAAAUUUAAACACAGUAAGUUGCUUAUUUGAACUGAUAACAUAAGUAAAUUGUUUCAACAUGGCCAACCCAAAUCGUGAAAGUGUUAGCACUCGUUUCUCGGAUAACUACGAUCUGAAGGAAGAAUUAGGAAAGGGAGCGUUUUCAAUCGUAAGACGUGCUGUACAAAAAUCGACUGGUUACGAAUUUGCUGCCAAAAUAAUUAAUACUAAAAAGCUCUCAGCUAGAGACUUCCAAAAGUUGGAACGUGAAGCAAGAAUUUGUCGAAAACUGCAGCACCCCAACAUCGUGCGACUUCACGACUCCAUCCAAGAAGAACAUUUCCAUUACCUCGUCUUCGAUUUGGUUACUGGCGGUGAAUUGUUUGAAGACAUUGUAGCACGCGAAUUUUACUCUGAAGCUGACGCAUCUCACUGUAUACAACAAAUUUUGGAGUCUGUACAUCACUGCCAUCAUAAUGGAGUUGUACACAGAGAUUUAAAGCCUGAGAAUCUCUUACUGGCUAGUAAAGCCAAAGGUGCUGCUGUCAAAUUAGCGGAUUUCGGCUUAGCUAUUGAAGUGCAAGGUGAUCAGCAGGCAUGGUUUGGUUUUGCCGGUACUCCGGGUUAUCUCUCACCCGAAGUUCUCAAAAAAGAACCUUACGGCAAACCAGUAGACAUUUGGGCAUGCGGCGUGAUUUUAUAUAUAUUAUUGGUUGGGUACCCACCUUUUUGGGAUGAAGAUCAGCACCGACUUUAUGGACAAAUUAAAGCUGGAGCUUAUGAUUACCCAUCGCCUGAAUGGGAUACUGUAACGCCUGAAGCAAAAAGUCUGAUUAACCAGAUGCUGACUGUCAAUCCCAGCAAGAGAAUUACGGCUUCGGAAGCAUUGAAGCACCCAUGGAUCUGCCACCGCGAGCGUGUCGCGUCCGUCAUGCACAGACAAGAAACUGUGGAUUGCUUGAAGAAGUUCAAUGCUCGUCGCAAGCUGAAGGGCGCCAUCCUAACUACCAUGUUAGCUACUCGAAACUUCUCAGGAAAAUCUAUGGUAAACAAAAAAGGCGAUGGAUCGCAGGUUAAGGAAUCGACUGAUAGCAGUACUACGUUGGAGGAUGAUGACUUGGACAAGGACAAGAAGGGCGUAGAUAGAGCGUGCACCGUGAUUUCUAAGGAACACGAUGAAGAAGCUUUAUCAAAGGCUGAUUCUUUCGGAAAAGCUCGCGGCGACAGCAAUGCUUCACUGCGACGGGCAGAAGUCAUUAAAAUGACUGAAGUACUCAUUGAUGCCAUUAAUAAUGGCGACUAUGAUACAUAUUCCAAGUUGUGUGAUCCUAAUGUUACUGCGUUUGAUCCUGAUGCACUAGGAAAUCUAGUGGAAGGUGUAGAGUUCCACAAAUUCUUUAUUGACAACACUCCGACUCACGUCAAAACCAAUACAACAAUUUUAAAUCCGAGAGUGCAUCUUCUCGGCGAAGACGUAGCAGUAAUAGCGUAUGUAUGCGUGACACAAAGUGUGGAUGCUGAAGGCCGACGAGCUACCCAUCAGUCUCAAGAGACUCGUAUUUGGCACAAACGCCACAACAAGUGGACAGCGAUACAUUUCCAUCGCUUAACUAGCCCCUCUCCCUUUAAAAUCCCUGAAGCCAAAGGAGAAAGGUCUCACUAAGAAAAAUUUGUGCAAUGGCGACAUCAAUGCAACAAAUGUACGCGACUUAAAGCAUUAGACACAUUUGGAGACCAUUUUAAAUGUAUCCUUCGGCAAAGGUAUAAAAAAAUACUUAUUAACCAAUUCUAUGAAAAUUUCACGAAUUUUAUUAGAACGUCUUUAUAAUCCCUGAAAAUUAAGUUAAUACCUUAAAAAGUCUAAAAUUAUUAUAACCACAUGAUUAUGAACAACAUCAUAUAACCACAGUUCGUUUUCUAGAUUGAUUCCCAAAGUAAAGUUUAUCCAUGUGGCUAAAAUGUGAUACAAUUAAAAAAUAUCCAAUGCUUUGUGCUAGUUAUAUUAGUGUACAAAAUCCUGAUCUCGGCCACGAUCGAAGAUGUCAACGAAUAACGAGACAAGUUGCUGAUCAACAGUAUAAGAAAUCUCAAUCAAUAUUGGAUCUGAUAGAAAUGAAUCUACUUUAUAAGUAAAUAAAAUCAACAAAAAAAAUUCAAGGUUUAGAAUUAUUACUUAGCACAUUUCUCAGUAAGUCUCUCUACAUUUUUAACUAUGAAUGUUUUGUCGUGCUUAAAAAUGGUGUUCUAUUUGUUAUCAAAUACCUAGUUAGUAAGGUUUAAGUAACUAAUAAAUCAUGCAGUUAUUGGCACUAUGAGUCUAUCUUGCGGUGAGUUAACUUUCUAGUAGAUUAUUAAAUUUUAACAUUUUAUCUACUUUAGACUAUCAUACAUAACUGAGUUAGAUUUGUUUUCCACUAGUAGCAACUUUAACUAGUGCGGAGUCCUAACUUUAUUACAUUUUAAGUGGAUUGAUAUCAAUUUUGUCAAUUUUUAGAUUUUAAUGUUGUUAUGAUUGUUCCGCUUUUAGCUUUCUUACUUACACAAGUAACUUAUCAAAGGUAUCCUACGAGAUAACCGUAACAGUGUUAAUUGAAAUUGACUAGCGUGAUUCUAACUAAUAUGUUAGUGUCCGUUAGUCGAGUUGCAUUGAUUUACAAUUUGAAUUGAUAAGUUACGUUACUGAUUUUGUACCUGAUUAUCAUGAUCAAUGCCAUUAAAGUUGAGAAUAUAGCUAAUUGUUUUAAGUGAUAACUGUGCAAGAGAAAGGUCUGAUAGGUCGUUUUUCUACAAAUUAAAUGUACUUAAUCAUUAUGAGGAGCUUUGUCAACCGUGAUAUUAAUGUAUAAAGAGGUGCGUUUUUUGCACAGUUUCACUUACGAAAUGUGCUCUAUUGGAUCUGUAACUGUAAGUCUGCAGUAAUUUCAGUAUUUCCUAGAAGUAAAAUUAGAUAUAAAUGACAUUUAACCAUGUUUUUUACAAUUUUGUAAAAUAUUUUAGUAUAGUUAGCAAAACUUACGUUAAUAAACAUCAAGGGAGUUGGAAUUGUAAUUAAUAAAAUGGAUCGCAUAAUUAGUAAAUUGUUGAAGUGAUAGUUUCACUGUAUCCAGAGUACAUAGUUGUGCCAUUAUCAUUGAAUUUAGUGCCAAUAACUGUAAAACUAAAAAUGUAUUCUAGUCUUUAUUGUUACGCAUAUUUAGUAUUUAAUCGACGUUUUUAAAUUAAUUUUGAACAUAUACAUAAAUAGUAACUUACAUUGUGUAUAUAGAUAGAUAUUGAUUUGCACAUUGCAUGUUUAAAAGUGUCGUCUUUCAAUACCUACUAUUAUAGAGCUAAUAUUAAUAUUUUUUCUUGAAAUAACUUAUUUACGUGCGUUAUCUAGUUCCCUUAAAUUUAUUUAUUUAUCAAUAUUUUUGUUACUGGAUCUUGAUUAAUGUUAAAUUAUAUAAAAUAAUAAUAAAUACCUAUAUACUUAAAUGUCACACAUGUAUUUAAAUAUUGUUGUUUGUCACACUCUGAAAAUAGGCGCAUGUGCUGUGAAUAAUUUAUCAUUGGCCAAUAGUAUUUACCUAAGAGAUAAGUUCGUUAUUUUAGGGGAAAAUACAAGGAGCUAAAUCUGGUCUAGAAAUAUAUGUAAAAAGGUAGAAAGUGCCUGAAAAUAUCUACCUAUCUACCUAAGUAUUACGUAGGAACUUAUGUCCCUACACGAUAUAGGUACGAAUUCUAGUCCACAAAUUAUAUUUCUAGAUUGUAUAGCACUACCAAGCAUAAUACCCAGCUUUGUACGAAAAACCCAAUAACAUACCUAUUUAACUCAUUAGUUCCUACUUAUUAUCUGUUGCCAUCAUACA